AUGCUUCCACAGAAUGGACAACAGCAACAGCGGCAGCAACAACAAUCUGGCUUACCACCCUUCAUGCCUACUCCAGCUUCUGGCUCAGAUUCUCCUUCCUACUUUAACCUAGAUGCAUCCCAGGCUGCUAAACAAAUGGCUGCGUUGAACGUGAGCCAUGCAAGAAUGGCGGCAAAUGCUCGUGGCCCCUCUGGAUCUCUUCCUGGAAGUGGUGGAACAAGUUCGGGGCCAUACCCUUCAGGAAUCAACAAUCCCGUCAACUACCCUGCUGGCAACCAUGACAUUUUGGCCGCCUCUGUGAAUGCCAAUUUCCAAUUUCCGAAUAACCAUAGUACAUCCUCUACACCUAGCUCUACCGUCAACCCGCCGUUCCUCGAUCCAGCUAUGUCACACUCCACUCCCGCCCGAACUCACAAUCAGGGGACCUCUCUAAAGCAAAGACAGCAAAGUUUUCUUCACGGCUUGCACAGCAUCAUGGCCAAGAGGAAUACACCACUGCCUCCCUCUCUUACAGGCAUAGCUUCGGCCAACUAUGACCCUUCAACGUCCCCUUGGUCUAUGAUCGAAUCUUCUGGAGAAGUUGGGUCUUUCAGGCUAGCAGGCAAGGACGUCGAUCUUUUCAAGCUCUGGGGUCUUGUUUUUCAGAACGGAGGUGGUCAUUCUCUCGAUAGUUCAGAUGGCUGGAGUGCGAUUCUUCCACAAUUUGAUCUUCCAGAACAUUUCCCUCAAGAGCAGCUAAACGGUUCGACAUCAGUAGCAGUGAUGUUGUCGCAGUAUUACAUGGCAAUCUGCUAUCCUUUUGAGGAGAUGUACAGGAAAAACAUGCACGAGCAACAAAAGAAAGCUCAAAUGGCAAGGCAACAUUCUCAACAAAUCCCGCCCGUCUCUUCUGCUGGUCCGAGCCGGCCACCCGUACCUGGUACGCAUGCAUUACAUGCUGGCGGUAGCAGCGUCGCACAUUAUACACCUGGACACACACCACAAACUCCUCACCAGAGACCACCUUCCGUCGCGUUCAGUAGUCAGCAGGCUACUUCCGGGCCCUCGCAUGGCUUAGAAUCUAUGCAACCUAGCGCUCACAGUCCCGAUUUGAACUUAUUGGAUCAGGAUCUUCAUGGCAUUAAACGAAAGUUGGACGUGGGUGGGGGAGAGAGUAAGCGAGCCAGGCAAAAAACUGAGCCCCCAGACAAUCAAAUUUUGGCUGCUGGCGUUGACCAUCAAUCCACAGAGACUGCUCUUAAUCCUCAAACCUCCUCCAUGUUGUCGGUGCCGCCACGGUCUCGUCAGCAACAAUCCCGGCGAAAAAUUGAGUAUGUUCCGGUGGCUCGCGAAGUCGACACAUAUGGUGGUCGCGACUUUAAAGCCAUCGAGUCUGAGUGGGCCAACUUGCCACAGCGACGGCCGCUGCGAGAUAUCAAUGACUGGGGCACGGUCGACAUCGAGGCUCUCACAAUGUCCAUUCGCUCCAAAUUAUCGACCGAGUUGUCAUAUGCUUUGACCACGUUGACGUUGCUAUCGACCAUGCGGGGCCAGACCCCUGGUUCGGGUUUUCCUAUCUUUCAAUGCGUCGAUUUGAUGGACGAAAUUCUUGAUCUUCUCGAAGAGCAAGCUUUUGGCGACCCCGAAGCGGAUUCACCCUCGGAGAUUCAUGAUGGCAAUGUCUGCUUCACCACAAAUUACGAACUGGUGAACAUCGUUUAUGACGAUAAAACCCAUCCAUUUGCCCCGCUGGCCCGACACCAGGGUUCAAAAGACCUCAAAGUUGGACCGCGACAGCGGCCAGGCAACAUUGUCCUGACAAUUUUAAACAUCAUCCGCAAUCUAUCCGUCAUCGAGGACAACAGGGAAUUUAUCUCUCAUCACGAGAGACUUGUGGACAUCAUGCUCAGAAUCUGCAGUGUGGUACGCGUUGACGGCAACCCACCUUCCCCUGCGUCUCCGAACCUUUCGCUCUCAGAUCUCGUAUUUGUCAGGAAAGAUGCUCUUUACACCCUUGCAAACAUUGCCGGCUCGAUCAAUCUGUCUCCCGCUUCAUCUCCGUACAAGUCCACUUACAGAAUAGCGAGGCGUGCAUUCGAACUCGUUGCCUCAUACCUCACUGACCCCAAUGAAGCUAUAUCGCCUCUAGCCUGUGUACAGCUCGCUGGGGUGCCUGCUCAUGCAAGUUUAAAACCGCCUCUGCUUGCAGACAUUGCGCUGGAGGUGUUUACGAAGCUCAAUCAAAGUGACGUUAAUCGUCAAGUCUUGACCAAAGCAGUUUCCCAAACAUCUAUUUGGUGUCUCUUCGAGUCAAUCGUUCACCGACUUCCUGUAGUCGACGCAGACUUCCAUUUGAUGACACGCGACGUGUGGCUCAGCUACCUAGAGAAGACCAUCAUGGCGAUUUAUUCUCUAGUUUUUUUGGCCCCUCCAGAGCUGAAGCAGAAGAUCAAAGAAGACCGAGCGUUGGGAUUCAAAGCUGUUAUGUUUCGCAUGGUUCAAAAGUUCCUCAUGAACCCUAACCCAGAUGGUCGUGUGUAUUUCUUUGUAUGUGCCAGACGGGCCAUUGAAGCUAUGAAAGUUUUGGACGAUGGGCGAGAUGCGUUUGACAACUCAUCUGAAUCCGUCUUGCCUAUCCUAUCAUUUGGAAUGGGAUUUUCGGAAUCUACUGAUAGCGGAUUCGAAAAGGGAACAGGACUUCUUGGAGGGCACCGAGAUGUGGCAUGGGACAUACUGAUGCUAAGGGAGGUGCAUGGGGACGAAGUGAUGUUUAAUGAGCUGGAAAGUCUUGCACGAGUGGAAUGUUUUUGA